AUGAUGAUAUAAAUUACUUUAUUGCGAAGUUAAGCGAAGACUGUUCAAAGUCCUUCUUUGAUAACUAUUAAAAUGAUUCCUAACUUUUAGGGAUAAAAUGUAUCUAUUUACAUAGAUCUUAUAGUGGAUGAAUAGUUGAUAAAAUAAAUUAGAGAUAAAGAAGAGAUGAUAAAAACAAUGUUUGAUUUAUUAAGUAUUUGGCCAUAACAAAUUUAGACUAUAUUUUUAACAAAUAGCAAAAAAUUCUUGCUGAUUACGAAGAUCUUAAAAUUUAUGGUGAACACAGCCUUUUGGUUUAGAAAUAAGAAAUAUAAUAAAAUCAAUAUCAAAUAGAACAAUUAUAAGUAAAUUAAUAUCUAAGUAAUAGACUUUAAAUGCAGAAAAUUAAGAAAAAAAUUAGCAAUUCCUUGACUAGAUAGAAGAAUUAGAAAAUCAGCUAUAGUAAAAGAAAUCUGAAAUUUUUUAAAUGAAAUAAAAUGAAGGAAGAAUUAGUUAAAAUCAUUAAGUAAUUAAUACUUUUCUAUUUAAAAAGGCACAUGAAAUAAAAUCUCAAGAGCAAAAAGAGUAAUUAUAAAGUCUCCAAACCAAAGUAUAACAACUUGAAGAAACUAACAGCAAGUUUAAAAGCGAAGCCAUAGCAUCGUUCAAUUUAUUGAGAUAGUAUGAAAUGAAAUAAAAAGAUUAUGAAGAUAAAAUAGAAAUUUUAGAAUUAUAGUUAAAAAGUAGUCUAUUUAUUAAACUUAGAUAAUUAGAGAGAAAAAGAUAAAUUGUCUAAAUAGUAUGAGGAAUUAUUCAAGAAAUAAUAAUCAGAAAUUAUUACAUCAACAUAAAUUAGUAUUAAUAACAACUUUAUUCAUAAUUCUCCUCAAAAAUCAACUCGAAAGAAUAGUACUUAUUCUAGCAAUAACAAUCAUGAAACCAUAUAAAAAUUAAGACGACAAAGUGGUUUUUUGAAUUAACCAAAAUUAGAAUAAAUCUAAAAAUAAAUAAAUAAUAUCCCUGAAUCUGAAAGCGAAUCUGAAAAUGAAUUAACUAGUGGAAAAACAUUGAAAUAGGAAAAGAAUGAAAAAAAAAACAUUUAAAAAGAGUUGAAUAAUUUAAAAGUCAAAAUUGAAGAAUUAGAGAAAUAAAAGGGUGAAAUGGAAAAAGAAUUGACUUAAAAUAAAGAGAUGAUCUCUAAUUAAGACACUAAAAUUAGAUAAUUAGAAACAAAUUAAAAGAAAAUGAAUCUGAAAUCUACCUAAUUAGAAAAAAAAGUUACAAAUUUAACAGAAGGUAUAUUUUCAAAGUUAUUUAUAGAAAAAAAUGCUUUAGAAGAAACAUAUAAGUAAGAAAAAUCAUAAGAAUAAGAUCAAUUAAAGAAACUAAGUGAAGAUUUUUUAAAUAAGAUAAAAUUUUUAUAAAAUGAGAAUUAAUAAUAUGCAUCACAAUUAAAAGAACUAAACGAAUAUAAAAAUAAAUAUCAUGAACUGUGUUUAAGUAAUUGCUUAUUAUAAAUAGAUUUUUACAGAAAAUCUGAAAGAGGAAGACGAAAUGGAAGCAUUUCUGAGAACCCAUGAAUCUGCAGCAACUGCACAUAAAUAAAGUAAUAAAUAUAAAAAAAAUUAGUGUAAAAGUAAUAAGAUUAAUAACUUUAUCAAAUAAACUUAAAUUAGAUUUUAAAUAUUUCUGAUGCUGAUUUGAUUUUCACUAGGGCAAGAAGCAAUGCAAGUGUUUUUAAAAAAAAGGAUAUACCUAUUGAGUAAACAGAAAUAUUUAAAAAAAAGUUAAAAGAAAAGUUGGAUCAAAGCCUAAAAAAUAUUCUUAUGUCAGAAUAAAAUAAUUCAGAUAUAUUAUAAAAGACAUUACUUUAAGUAAAUUAAUAUGAAUUAUAAUUAAAAAAUAUCUAAGAGGAGAAUCAAAAAUUAAAAUUUGAAAUCGAUGAAUAAAAAAAAAAAAUAGAUCUCUUAAAUUUUAAAAAUAAAGAGCUUGAAAUUUCAAAUGACAAAGAUAAACUUGAAAUGAUUGAACAUUCAAAAUUAUUGGACUAAUCCAAAGUAAAGUUGUAUAAAAGUGAAGAGUAAUUAAAUCAAUUGAAUGAAAAAUUAAAAGGCUUAUAAGAAACAGUGGAUUAAUAAUAUAAGGAUAUAAAUAAUCUCAAUGGAAAAAUUAUACAGUAAAGUAAAUUAAUGGAUGAUUAAGCUAAAAUAUCUAAAUAAGAAAUAGAUAGAUUAAAUGAUAGAAACGAUAAUAAAUAAUUAAAAUUAGAUCAAGCUUUGAUAGAAAUUUAACACCUAACAACAGAUAAUAAAAUGGCCAAAAUCAAGAGCGAUACUGAUAUCAAAAAUUUAACUGAAAAAAAUACAAAAUUAUAAAAUUAACUUGAUUUGAUUGUAAAGUAAAAAGAAUAAUAGGAGUAAGAGUUUAAUAGUAUUAACGAUAUAAAUUCUAAAAUGGAAUAAACCUUGUAGGCUAUAAUGAAAAAUUAUUCUGAUAUAGAAAUUAAAUGUGCAAAUUUAGAGAGAGAAAAAAAAUAAUUUGAAUAAUAAAACUAAGAAUUGAAUGAGAAAUUAAAAAAAAUAGUUUAAAAAAAGAAAAUAUUAAAAGAAGUUAAUGUUGCAAAAGAUUAAAACUAAAUUAAAAUUAAAACUGAAUUAGAAAUAUAAACAGAAAAAUGUAUUAAUUAAUAAAAUGAAAUUAACAGUCUUAAAGAUGAUUUAGAAAGAAUUAAAUAAGAAAAUAUAAUAAUGUACAAUAGUAUUGAAUAAGAUAGAAACUAAAAAAUAGAAGAAAGUAACUAGCUCAAAACUGUAAUUACUGAGUUAGAAAUGAAUAAGACUGAGUUGAAUCGAUAAAAAGAAUAACUAGAUAAAGAGAUUGAAGAAAUAAAGUUACAAUUUACUAAUUAGAAUGAAGGGAAUUAACAAAAAAUACAUUUUCUAGAAGAAGAAACAUAGAAAAAAGAUAAAGAAAGUGAAAAGUUGAGACUCGAGUUAGAAGUGAUAAAGAAAGAAAAAGAGCAUUAAGUUGCAUCUCUCAAAGAAGAGCUCUCAGAGAGUGAGAAAAAGCUUCUGCAUAUUUAAAAUGAAUUGUAAUCUCUUUAAGAAUAAUUCAAUCAACUUUAACUUUCAAUGAAUGCUUCUCAAUCAGAAGCUCACAUUUUAUAUCAAGAGUUACAAUUAAAAUACAAUAGUAUUGAAUAAGAUAGAAACUAAAAAAUAGAAGAAAGUAACUAGCUCAAAACUGUAAUUACUGAGUUAGAAAUGAAUAAGACUGAGUUGAAUCGAUAAAAAGAAUAACUAGAUAAAGAGAUUGAAGAAAUAAAGUUACAAUUUACUAAUUAGAAUGAAGGGAAUUAACAAAAAAUACAUUUUCUAGAAGAAGAAACAUAGAAAAAAGAUAAAGAAAGUGAAAAGUUGAGACUCGAGUUAGAAGUGAUAAAGAAAGAAAAAGAGCAUUAAGUUGCAUCUCUCAAAGAAGAGCUCUCAGAGAGUGAGAAAAAGCUUCUGCAUAUUUAAAAUGAAUUGUAAUCUCUUUAAGAAUAAUUCAAUCAACUUUAACUUUCAAUGAAUGCUUCUCAAUCAGAAGCUCACAUUUUAUAUCAAGAGUUACAAUUAAAAUACAAUAGUAUUGAAUAAGAUAGAAACUAAAAAAUAGAAGAAAGUAACUAGCUCAAAACUGUAAUUACUGAGUUAGAAAUGAAUAAGACUGAGUUGAAUCGAUAAAAAGAAUAACUAGAUAAAGAGAUUGAAGAAAUAAAGUUACAAUUUACUAAUUAGAAUGAAGGGAAUUAACAAAAAAUACAUUUUCUAGAAGAAGAAACAUAGAAAAAAGAUAAAGAAAGUGAAAAGUUGAGACUCGAGUUAGAAGUGAUAAAGAAAGAAAAAGAGCAUUAAGUUGCAUCUCUCAAAGAAGAGCUCUCAGAGAGUGAGAAAAAGCUUCUGCAUAUUUAAAAUGAAUUGUAAUCUCUUUAAGAAUAAUUCAAUCAACUUUAACUUUCAAUGAAUGCUUCUCAAUCAGAAGCUCACAUUUUAUAUCAAGAGUUACAAUUAAAAUACAAUAGUAUUGAAUAAGAUAGAAACUAAAAAAUAGAAGAAAGUAACUAGCUCAAAACUGUAAUUACUGAGUUAGAAAUGAAUAAGACUGAGUUGAAUCGAUAAAAAGAAUAACUAGAUAAAGAGAUUGAAGAAAUAAAGUUACAAUUUACUAAUUAGAAUGAAGGGAAUUAACAAAAAAUACAUUUUCUAGAAGAAGAAACAUAGAAAAAAGAUAAAGAAAGUGAAAAGUUGAGACUCGAGUUAGAAGUGAUAAAGAAAGAAAAAGAGCAUUAAGUUGCAUCUCUCAAAGAAGAGCUCUCAGAGAGUGAGAAAAAGCUUCUGCAUAUUUAAAAUGAAUUGUAAUCUCUUUAAGAAUAAUUCAAUCAACUUUAACUUUCAAUGAAUGCUUCUCAAUCAGAAGCUCACAUUUUAUAUCAAGAGUUACAAUUAAAAUACAAUAGUAUUGAAUAAGAUAGAAACUAAAAAAUAGAAGAAAGUAACUAGCUCAAAACUGUAAUUACUGAGUUAGAAAUGAAUAAGACUGAGUUGAAUCGAUAAAAAGAAUAACUAGAUAAAGAGAUUGAAGAAAUAAAGUUACAAUUUACUAAUUAGAAUGAAGGGAAUUAACAAAAAAUACAUUUUCUAGAAGAAGAAACAUAGAAAAAAGAUAAAGAAAGUGAAAAGUUGAGACUCGAGUUAGAAGUGAUAAAGAAAGAAAAAGAGCAUUAAGUUGCAUCUCUCAAAGAAGAGCUCUCAGAGAGUGAGAAAAAGCUUCUGCAUAUUUAAAAUGAAUUGUAAUCUCUUUAAGAAUAAUUCAAUCAACUUUAACUUUCAAUGAAUGCUUCUCAAUCAGAAGCUCACAUUUUAUAUCAAGAGUUACAAUUAAAAUACAAUAGUAUUGAAUAAGAUAGAAACUAAAAAAUAGAAGAAAGUAACUAGCUCAAAACUGUAAUUACUGAGUUAGAAAUGAAUAAGACUGAGUUGAAUCGAUAAAAAGAAUAACUAGAUAAAGAGAUUGAAGAAAUAAAGUUACAAUUUACUAAUUAGAAUGAAGGGAAUUAACAAAAAAUACAUUUUCUAGAAGAAGAAACAUAGAAAAAAGAUAAAGAAAGUGAAAAGUUGAGACUCGAGUUAGAAGUGAUAAAGAAAGAAAAAGAGCAUUAAGUUGCAUCUCUCAAAGAAGAGCUCUCAGAGAGUGAGAAAAAGCUUCUGCAUAUUUAAAAUGAAUUGUAAUCUCUUUAAGAAUAAUUCAAUCAACUUUAACUUUCAAUGAAUGCUUCUCAAUCAGAAGCUCACAUUUUAUAUCAAUAAUUGCUAAAAGAAUAACAUACUAAAGAAACAAUACAUUAAAAUGAUCUUAAUUAAUUAAAUCAAUAAAUUAUUGAAUUUAAUCUCUAAAUUCAAGGAUACUAAACCGAAGUUUAAACGCUCAAUUCUAAUAUAUAGUAACUAACUAUCGAUAACGAUUCUUAAAAUCAUUUGUUUACUUAAUAUUACAUAUAAGAACAAUUAUAAAUACUAGUUUUAGAAUCAAUCAUACACAAUAUAUCUUUGGAAGCAAAUGCUUAUAAAUAAAAAUCUGAAAUAUUACUAAAAGAAAGUUAAUAAAAAAUCUUAGAAUUGAAUUCAAAUUUUGAAUAAUAAUUUACGAAUUGUUUAAACUUUUAAUAAUUAAACAAUGAGCUUGAUCAAGAGUUAAAAAGAAUUAAAAAAAUUUCAUAAGAAGAUAUUAAUAUGAUUUAAUAAUUGACUCAUUAACUUACUCUAAAAGAUUAAUAAAUAAAUUAAAUCUAAAUCUAAUAUUAAGAAUUUGAAUAAUAGCAAAACAAAAGUUUAUAAGAUUUAGAAGAUUUGAAGAUUUUGUUUGAGUAAAUACAAAAAGAAAAACAUCAACUUGAAAUUCAUUUAGCAGAAUAAUAUUAGCUUGUUAAGGAAGCUCAUACUUAAUAAGAUUUGUAUUCUUAGGAAUUAACGGAAAGCAAAUAAGAAGUUUAAAGAUUAAAUGAAUAAAUUUCUUAAUUUUUUGAAAAAGAUCAAAAUUAAAGUGUAAAAACCUAAAACUUGAAAUAAUUAAUUGAUUAGUUAUCUGAAGAGAAGCAAUAUCUGAAAGAAUUAACUAAGACUUUUGAAGAGACCAUUUAAAGAAAAGACGAGGAAAUAGAUGAGAUUAAUAAGAAUCUUGAAGAAUUAAAAUAAUCUUUAACUUUGAAAAUAUAUGAAAUAGAAUAGCUAGAAUAAGAUUUUAAAUAAGCAAAAGAGGAUCUUAUUUUGAAUCAGCAAAAACUUUUGGAUGAAUAAAAUUUUAGGACUACACAAGAAACUCAAUUUAAAAUAUAGCUUGAAAAUUAUAUAAAAUCACAACAAAAAAAUUCUGAUGUCAUAGAUUUUUCAGAAAAUAAGAUUGAGUUACUUGAAUAACUGUAAGGACAGAAAAUAGAAUUUGAUGUCAAUAUUUAAACAUAAAAUGAAAAAUUAAGACUAUAUGAGUUAUAGGUUUUAGAAUUGAGAAAUGAAUAAUUCAAAUACUUAGAAAAAAUAAACGAAUUGUCCGAAAUAAUUAGUAGUGAAAGUGUAUUUAGAGAAAUGCAAAAGUAUAAAAUUUAAAUAUUGUUAGAAAUUUUAUUUAGGAAAUUUUAGUGCAUCUAAUUAAGCAAUCUGAUGGAUUGAAAAAGAUUAAUCAGUAAGAAACAGAGAAUUUAAUUUAAGAUGAUUAUGAUGACUUAGAUAAAUUAAAGUAAUUUUUUUUAAUAUUUUUAUAGAACUAGUACAAUGAUGUAAGUAAAUAUUCUUAAUCGUUAAAUAGAAUUAACAAUUAAUAAUUUUAAAGAAGUUUAAAUGAAAAUUUUAUCAUCUAAUGAGUAAAUUAAUUAAUUGGAACAAUCAUUAAAAGAAAGUUAGGAAAAUUAAACUAAUAAUAAAUUAUUAAUAGAAAGCCUAAUAUUAAAUAUUUCAGGCUUAAAUGAAAAAAUUGAAGGAUACUAAAAAUCUUCUUCGGUUAAUUUAAAUGAAAUUGCAAAGUAGCAAGAAUAAGAGAUGGAAUUGUUGAAAAAGGAUUACUAAAAUAAAAUUAAUCGAAUUUAAGAAGCAUUAAAUAGAAGAGAAUAAGAUUUUAAUGCUUUGAAGUAUUUUUUCAUUUUAUGAUCAUAGUGAUUAGUAUAAUUUGAUGCUCUAAGAUUAAAUUAAUAAAACUGAAGAAUUGAAUAAUUUGAGGAAGAAAUAUGAUGAUUUUAUGAACGAUAUAGACAAAAUGACACCAACUAGGUCUCCUUCAAAUUCUAUCUCCUAAAAACCUAAUCAAAUAGAUUAGUAUUAAUAAUAUUUUAUACUUGUAUUUAAAUAUAUUAUGUAGACUGCUCAAGCUGUUGCUCUAAGUAGUGACGAUCCCAUGGCUGCUGCAGAAAUUAAAUUAAAAAACUUCUAUUAAGAAGUAAAAAAUCGCAAUUUACCUUUUCAUCAAGUAAUUUUCUAUUUAAUAUUUAAGUGGCAUAUUUGGCUAUAAUUAAAACUUAAAGAAGAACUCUCUAAGAAUAGAAAACGGUGA